AUGAAUAAAAUCAAUCAGGACUUGCAAAGGGAAAGAAAUAAUUGCUCUUUCAAUAUACAGGAACUAACGACUUUGAUUGAUGGAGGACCAGAGAAAACAAAGGAGCGAAAAGAUAGAGAAAGUGUAUUGUUGAGUAAAAAAGAUGACGUAUUUGAUGGCGUACCAGAAGAAUAUCUUAGUCAUAAGGAAAGAUAUGAAAACGCUAUCAGAAAAUCUGUUAUUUUGUUCGGAUUGGUACGCAAAAUGCAGGAAGAAGGCAAGACAAGUAUAACUAACUACAGGGACGUGGUCGGAGGUCUGCUUGGUUCGUCCGUUUUAAGGGAUGGUUCCCCUUUAGGAUUGCAUUAUAUUAUGUUUAUGCCCGCUUUGUUGAACCAAGGAAAUGAGGAACAACAAGCAAAAUGGCUUCCACGUGCAUGGAAUUGCAGCAUCAUUGGCAGUUACGCUCAAACCGAACUGGGUCACGGCACGUUCAUCCGCGGUUUGGAGACGACUGCCACGUACGACGCCUCAACCAAGGAGUUCGUGCUGCACAGCCCCACGCUCACUUCAUACAAGUGGUGGCCCGGCGGAUUGGGUCAUUCAGCAAAUUAUUGCAUCGUGGUGGCCCAGCUAUACACCAAAGGUGUGUGCCAUGGAAUCCAUUCUUUCAUCGUGCAAGUUCGUGACGAGGACACUCAUAUGCCUUUGCCUGGAAUGAAAGUUGGUGAAAUAGGCGUGAAAUUAGGCCUCAAUGCUGUAAAUAAUGGCUUCUUAGGAUUUGACAACGUAAGAAUUCCAAGGAGUCACCUGUUGAUGAAACAUGCCCAAGUUUUGGAAGAUGGCACUUAUGUAAAAUCCCGAAACAGUAAGUUAAAUUACGGAGCCAUGGUUUUCGUAAGAGUUGUCAUAGUAUAUGAUAUGGUCAACUAUUUAUCCAAAGCUGUUACAAUUGCCACCAGGUUUUCAGCAGUGCGUAGGCAGUCGCAACUCAAAGCAGGGCAGCCGGAGUGUCAGAUAUUGGAUUAUGUGACUCAACAGCACAAACUGUUCAUCGGCAUAGCGGCCUGCCAUGCGCUGAGGAUCACUGCCGACAAGCUGUGGAAUACGUUCCACGACAUCAAUGAGGAGCUAGUCGGCGGGAACUUAGAACGACUCCCUGAAUUGCACGCACUUGCAUGCUGUCUAAAAGCCGUGACUACGGCGGACACAUCAGCGUAUGUAGAGCGCUGCAGGCUGGCGUGCGGCGGCCACGGAUACAUGAUGUCCUCUAACUUGCCGCUAACGUACGGGCUAGUAACUGCCGCUUGUACUUACGAAGGCGAGAACACAGUAUUGCUGUUGCAAACUGCUAGAUUUUUGGUAAAAACAUAUCAACAGAUGAACACAAAAACGCUUACGCCAACAGUAGCGUACCUGAAAACUGCCGCAGCUAAGGGCUUCUGUGAUAUUUGGUUGAACACGGUUGAGGGAGUUAUAAAUGGUUUUCAACUUGUCGCUUUGAGGAAGAUUUCCCAUUGCGUCGAAUGCAUGUCAAAGCGUGUCAACAGCGGAAUGUCAUUUGAAGAUGCCUGGAACAUUACGUCUGUACAAUUAGUAGCAGCUGCAGAAGCACAUUGUCGAGCUAUAGUUAUAUCAACAUUUUUUGAAGAAAUACGAGAACUGGCCAAAACAUCAUCAGCUCAGUUGAAGGAAAUUCUCUAUCAGCUUGUAGAUUUGUAUUGUGUUUAUUGGGCUUUGGAGAAACUCAGUGAUUUACUUCUGUAUACCCCGAUCACUCACAAGGACGUGGAGCAAAUGCAUCUUUGGUAUGAAGAAACUCUGACUAAAAUAAGACCUAAUGCAGUAGGGCUUGUUGAUGCUUUUGAUAUACGAGAUGAUAUGCUGCAGUCGACUCUAGGUUCAUAUGACGGCCGAGUUUACGAACGUUUAAUGGAAGAAGCUAUGAAGAGUCCUCUCAAUGCGGAACCAGUUAACGAAACCUUCCAUAAGUACCUUAAACCUUUCAUGCGAGGAAAACUGUGA